UUUUGAAAAAUGAGUGAAAUAGAAAAAGUAGUUUAUCCCUCAUAUCGUCGACGCUCUCACAAGUUUCAGCUAUAGCCCAAGAUUCUGAGUCCUCAGACAAAUAAAGAAAGAGAGAGAUUGGAUUUGGGGUUUUGAAUUGACUCUGAACCCGCUUGAGCUUAUUUUAUUUUAUUUUAUUUUAUUUUUCUCUCUUAGCAAAAUAGCGCUUCAACCCAACAAAUCGAUCCUUUGCCAAUUUCAUUUUUUUUUUGGCUCCAUUUCUGUCCUAGAUUUUCAGGUUAAGUUUCUGGAGCAACGUGUUUCUAGUUGUCAUUAUGGUAAUAGACACCUUGGUUCAAGGUUUCUGUGGCAAACUUAGCAAGUGAUGUUAUUUUUAUGGUCAUUGUUCCUCAAAUACUAAAAUGUGGAGUUUUGCAUCCAAUUGCAUAGCUGGAAAUAUUGGACUGAAAAAUGACUCUAUUAACCAAACCCAAGCUGCUUCUGAAUGCUCUGAUGAUGAGGCUUCUUCUAUUGCUAGCAGAGAGGAAGGACUAGAGUGCCCAAUAUGCUGGGAAUCCUUUAACAUCGUUGAAAAUGUACCGUAUGUCUUAUGGUGUGGCCAUACCCUUUGUAAAAAUUGCAUUCUGGGACUGCAAUGGGCUGUUGUGAAAUUUCCCACUCUACCAAUUCAGCUUCCACUCUUUAUCUCCUGCCCAUGGUGCAAUCUCUUAUCCUUCCGUCUGGUUUACAGGGGAAAUCUCAAGUUUCCUCGCAAGAAUUACUUUCUUCUCUGGAUGGUUGAGAGCAUGCAUGGUGACAGAGUGAAGUCUCAUUCUUCCUUCACUAGGGAUCAACAAUCACUCUGGCCUACAAAUGGAAAUUUGCCAAUGGGAGGUCAAGUAAGCAAUGGUAACCUCAGGAGGGGACAAUAUAUUCGUCAUCCUGAGCCACCAGGAUCCCACCAUGACCAUGGUCGUCUCAGUAAUUAUCUCAGUGUGGAGACGUUACACUCUUCCCUUCGGAAGUCGCUGAUUUUCUUUGUUCAUUUGACGGCUAAAUUCCCAUUGGUUGUUAUAUUUCUUCUGAUCGUCCUCUAUGCAAUACCUGCUAGUGCAGCCAUCUUGGCUUUGUACAUACUUGUCACAGUUCUGUUUGCUCUCCCGUCAUUUCUCGUUCUGUACUUUGCAUAUCCUAGUCUGGAUUGGCUUGUGAGAGAAAUCAUCACUUGAGAUGCUAUUUGGGGUUUGCAAGUGCUGUGAAUUGAUGUUUGCUCCUAUAAAAAUGCAUCCUCUCUAUCCAAAGAACCAUGAAACUUAUAAUUUGACGACUUUCCACUGUAAGGCUGCCCCAAUGCUUCCCUUUGAAAGACACUCAAUGUCAGUACCAUUCAAGACUUUCAUUUUCAGAUUCAUUUUUAGUGCUUUUAGAAACUGGCUGCUAUGAUGGCUGUGAUAUUAAUUACUGAAAUUUUAUAGUGUUGGUGCAUCCAAUUCUUGAAGUGAAUUUUCAUUUUCCUAGACAUAGUUGGAUUGUGGAUAUCCCAUGGUUAUUUAUACAGUUGUAAUAGGUAAUUAGCAUGAAGACCAUAUAUGAAGAGCUUGGGUGUUUGUUUGUAUGGAAUAUUUGUUAUGUAAUUUAAUUAUAGUUGUUUGAUGAUA